GUGCAAGCAAUUCAGUAGCUGGCGCGUAGUUGACCCUCACACGAGCACACGCCACGUGAAACAUGGAGCCUUCAGUGCCCACACGUAUGUCGCGGCAGCUGACGGGGGGUAACGUGCAGGAAGAUGGAACUCUGCUCGGCGCUGGCGCCCCCGCCGCCGGAGGUGCCGGGUCGGACUGCAGCAAGAGCGACGACACCCGGGAGGAAAAAGCGGUGAAUUUGUGCAUGAUUGGGACGGGCGAGUACACCACGGGCUACGUGCACGGUGGCGCCUCGGACUCCGACAAGGGCGCCGGAGUCGUCGCCCUCACGAUGUCGGACCUGCGGCGGCGAGGUAAGGUCAACCGCCUGGGCCUGUGCGGUACGAACGGCGCCAAGUUCCCGGGCAUCCGCGCGCACAUGCAGCGCGCGAUCGGCGACCAGUACCGGGACUUGGACCUCACGAUGGAGAGCUGGCCCGCGGAGGACGGCCCACGGGAUCCGGCAGCCUACAAGGAAGCGCUGGACACGUUCGACCCAGGGGACGCGUGCACGGUCUUCACGCCCGACGAUACCCACUUCGACAUCGCCAUGGAGGCCGUCAAGCGGGGUAUGCACGCGAUCGUCACCAAGCCGGUCGUCAAGACCCUCAAGGAGCACCGCGCCCUCCACGAGGCCGCCAAGGAGGCCGGCGUCCUCGUGAUGGUGGAGGUGCACAAGCGGUUCGACCCCAUCUACGUAGACGCCCGCGACAGGAUACGGGACCUGGGGGGGAUGUCGUACAUGUACUCGUACAUGUCUCAGCCAAAGCACCAACUCGACACGUUUCGCGCAUGGGCCGGUAAGAGCAGCGACAUCAGCUACUACCUCAACUCGCACCACGUCGACUUCCAAGAGUGGGCCAAUAUGGGAAUUUCCCGCCCGACGCGCGUAACGGCUGCGGGGAGCACGGGCGUGGCGAGCGGGAAAUUCGACAUCGCCACGGAAGACACCAUCACGCUGCUGGUGGAGUGGGAGAAUAUAGAAGAUGGAAGCAAGGGCACCGCGGUUUACACCUCGUCGUGGGUGGCCCCCAAGGCCGACGUGCACAGCCAGCAGCGGUUCUUCUACAUGGGGCAGAAGGGGGAGAUCAACGUGGACCAGGCGCACCGCGGCUACACUGUCGCCAAGGACGGGGACGGCUUCCGGAGCGUCAACCCCCUCUUCAUGAAGUACACGCCUACCGACGGGUACUUCUCCGGCCAGACCGGUUACGGCUACCGAAGCUUCGAGGCCUUCGUCGACGCGGUUCGGCAGAUCGAGGCUGGCAUGGCCACACCAGAGACCUUCGACUCGAAGCUGGCCACGAUAGGCACCACCUACCUGACCACCGCCAUCCUUGAGGCCGGCCGCCUCAGCCUCGACGCCAACGGCCGACCGUUCGAUAUCACCUACGGCGGAGAGGACAAGCACAUCCCCACCGACAUCGUGCCUGUGGAGUUCUGAUGUGGUGGUUUUCGGGUUCCUUCCCUCCGAGAUGGCUCCGUAAUGCGUUGUGGAUACACGGUCGGUGUGGCUAUGUUGCCCGCCGCCGCCCCUUCUUGUGUGUGUCGUUUUUUUCUUUUUGGGGGCUUGGGCUCUGUUCGUCGGCACGGGAUACGUGCUAUCGCAGCAAGUGUCCCAUGUACGCAAGGUUUUAAGAAAGUCAUGUCAAUUGCGGAUAAUUGAGUAAACCGAACGAUACAAGGUACCUGAAGAUGACGCCAGAAAUGAUGUUUCGAGAACGGGCUCUAAAUUUUGUGGCGGCUGAUAACUUUAAGUUUUGCUUGCAGAACUUGAUGCCCGUUUUCUGGGACUUUCUCUUCACGUGCGGCUGUUCCCCCGCUGGACGAAAAGUUAGCGCACGUCGGGUGGGUCGACCGACGCUGGGAGGCAAAAGACGGCGAUGCAUGCGCUCGCUUGCGUCGAUGUCAGGUUGAGUAGCAAGAACCGACUGGUUGUCUGAUCCUUGCCGCACCCAGGGACACCGUUUGCAUGCACUCCGUUCACCCGGUCGUUCAGCAGGGAAAAAAAGGCCAUCGGUACAUGUCUAUGCCGUGCGCCGCACACGCGAGUCUUGCUCGUUCGUGGGGGGGGGGGGG